UCUAUAGGAAGGGGACGAUAAAACCACAGAUCCUUUUCCACCUUGCAGUUGCACCUGUAGGAAAAAUUGGAGAAACUGAGAAGUGUGGAAAAAAAGGAAGAAAAAGGAUAUAAGAACAUGAAAGAAAGAAAUCGUCAUUAAACGCACUACAAAGUUUUCUCCCUCCCUCUCUUCCUCAGUCUCUCACCUCUCUCAAUUUAAUCUUAAAUCCACUCCAAUUUCCCCUGAGGGACUCAAUUCUCCCUUUCCUCAGUAAGAGACAGAGAGGCCCGUUCCUCCUGGCAGGGUAACGCCAGGAAUUUCCUCUUUCUCUCUGCUCCACUUCCUCGCUCCUCCACAGCCUCCCUCCAGUAUGACUCUGCUGGACUCUGAGAAGUUGCUUCUCCGCUCAGUUCUGCAGUUGAGGAUUAAGAACCGAAGGCUCAGUAAAAUCAAUGCAGACUCAGGGCUGAAAUCUACCUGCCAAAACCCAAAAGCAGUGAAAGGCCAGAGUGAAGCUCAGCGUCUAACUGAUGAUGGUGCCACUCAGAAGUUGCCCCCUGGUGGUCUGAACACUGAAACUGCACAAGAGAGGACUGUGAGUGGGGCCCAGAGGCAGAAGAAGGCUCGCCAGUCGCAGGACCUCACUGAGAGGAUCCAACGUCCACCUGCACCUGCAGAGCAGCAGCAUGAAUGCCCGCUGCCUGUGGAGAGCCGACUUGCUUCUUUCCCUGCUGAUGUCUUCGAAGAUGACAUCUCCUCCUCCUCCUCCUCAACAACCACUGAGCAGAAUGGCACUUACCAAUCACCAGCCAUUUCUUCAUUGCCAGGGCUCCCAGGUGAUCAAUUACUAAGUGAUUGCUCCCCUGUGGGCCUGAACCCAAACUGCAGUCCCAGCCAUGCACAGUCUAGGUUGAUGUUGCUCCCGGCAACCGCGGGCACAAGACAGCCUUUAAGUGCAUCGCUGGGGGAAUCAAACUUCAUGGCAACAACUGGGAGAGCAAAUGGGAUGUAUUUGACCUCUCAGACUGCUCCCCUUCUACCAAAGACAGCCUGCCCUCCCAGCCCCACCUGCUCCUCAUCUUUACCCCCUUCCCUAAACUUCAACCAUCUUUCCCACCCACGGAAACCGCGGGACACCAAACCCAAAAUGAGGAAACUCAAGUAUCACCAGUACAUUCCUCCAGACCAGAGGGGAGGGUCUGGGACAGGAGUGGGGGGAGCCAAACAGAAAAGCCCCACUCAAUCUGUGGACCCAGCUCAUUCCCAUCUCCUUAAACAGCAGCAGGUCUUUCUCCAACUUCAAAUCCUGCAGAACAACCACCACCACCAACAACAACAGCAGCAGCAACAGCAACAGCAACAAAAAAGACUACAACCACAAAAGCAGCUUACUGUUAUAUCCAGUAAAGAUCAUAAUGAUCUUGUAAAGUCUUCUGGAGCCAUGCCACUGAAUCUCCAACCUGUUCCUGCUACAACAAACCACACUCCCACUGACACAAACCCUGCAUCAAAGCCUGAGCUUCUUCCUGCAAAUCUUGUUGAUUUAACAGUGUCAGAAUUGCGGCAGCAGCUGCGUAAGCGGGGCCUCCCUGUCUCUGGCACCAAGCCUACCUUAUUGCAACGUCUUCGUCCCUUCCAGCUUCCUCAUGCUUCCCUUACCCCUGCUUCCCUCUCUCAGCUGGGCACCAGCCUGGAGCCCCUCACUCCCUGCCCCCAACUACCACCCAGCCAGAGCCCUGGCUCAAGUCCCAGCUCUGGACUAGAUUCACCCAGCAGCAGCCCGAACCAACAGCUGUACAUCCAAGAUGGGGGAAUCCCUAAUGGGAUUCUAAGUGACACUCCAAACAGAGUUCCAACUGGAACCCUGAGUGCUGUCCCAAAUGCAUUUACAAAUGCUGCGUCAGUCAGUUUGGCAGAUGAACAGUGUGGUCUCACCAGCACUGUCUUCUUGGCACCUGCUAGCACUGCCUCAGGAACUCCAAGUCCCAGUCUACCCAUGUCGUCCUCCUCAUCCCUGCAGUGUGGGACUCUCUGGAGAACUGAGAGUGAGCAGCAGCAGCAACAGCAGCGAGAGCUGACUGUGGAGCUAGAGAUGAGGGAGAGGAUGAGGAGUAGGCCUAGGGACCGCUUCAUUCACACCAGCAAUGAGUCCUGUGAGGGAUCCCUUCAUCCGUUCCUGCAGCAGGGUCCAGGAUGCUCUAGAGGAAAGCCAGAAAUUAAUACACAAACAGAGGAUCUGUUUACUCAGGUGUAUUGUAGCCAGCCGUGUGAUGUGAUUGGCCAUGACUUUGAGCUGCCAGUGCAGAUUACAGCAAGCCCUGUUCAAACCUUACCUGGUGUUCGCAGCUUGGAGGAAGAACUACAGGAGGCUAUACAGAGAGCGCAGGUGGACCCUCGAUUGUCCAUUGAUGACAUUCUGGAUGAGCCUAUUACAUUUAAUGGCUCCAUUAAUGUCUCUGAUCAUAAGUCCGCUACCCACUCAACCCCUGACACUUCUCCUUCCACUCAAACCGAGCAGUCCCAGCCUUCCCAGCAACACAACAAGGAUGACACCUUCCUGCCCUCACCUCUUUGCUCCUCUCUUUUGCUGGAACUUCCCCCAUCUCCUGCUGUAAUAAACCCAAGCCAGGUUGUUCCAGCUCCUCUACCUCCCCCAAUCUGCACCUCCCCUCUGCCAUACACUGGGAAGUCACGGAAACGGCGGGCUCUGACACCGUUUGAUGCUGCUGACUGGCUCGAAACCCUGACAUCUGGCCUCCACCCUCUUACUCCGCCAAAAGCUCCCUUUGUUGAGCAUGAUUUAAGCCUGGAUUCAGAUCUGAAUGUGAAUCGAGUGCUGGAUCUUUUGAUAGAGAAGUGGUGAGGACUUGGGAGAAGUGCGCAUAUUUAUGUUGUAGCCAUUUUAAUGGCUGUGCAUCAUCUUUUUGAUGGCCAUGAACAGGGUAGGCUGUAAACAUUCUUCUGAGGGCACAAAGUUGUGAUUAGUGGUCUCUGUUGUCCAUCAUUAAUAGGCUGUUAGUCAUUGGCUCCACGCAAUGUCGAGAGCUUGACUCAUUGCAGUCAUCAGAUCAUACAGAUGGGACAAUGAGAGCACAAAUACACAAACAGCAAUACAACCUAUGUAUACACAGACACUGCAGAGUGCUUUUUAAAAGCAUCUGGUCUCAGUAAGUAACAGCAAACACGCAUCAUAUCUGUGAAUUGACACACUCAACAGCACAAUGUUUGCAGUGCAAAACAAAAGAAAACCUGGUGGCAUAUUAAGUCAAACAUGCUUCCUGGCUGCGCUUGGAUAAUGUUGUUUCUGACUUAUCUCCAAAACCCGUUGUAGGAUUGGGUUGAGUGUGGCCCCUGGUAUUGAUUCAGUCAUUGAGUCCCAGCCAUUCAUAAAGCCCAUUCAGAGUGUGUAAAUCCAGACAGAGCACACAGCUUGUGUGUGACUCCAAACCUUAACCCCAGUGCCAGACACACAGUCGGCAUGCAGAGGGAGAAAGCUGGCAGAAGCCACAAACAAAUAUUGUGUGUGUGCUUGAGUGAAUGUGCUCAUGUAUGUGUUUUAAGUAUGUGUACUUUCAGCCUGUCUGAUGUGAGAGUGUGCACACAAGUCUGCUUUUAUCUGUAUGUCAACAUUCAAAUGCUUCCAUGUAUAUUUAUCAGCAUUAAUACCAAAUGAACUUGUAGUUAUUUGUCUGCUGACAGUUAAGGAUGCCUACUUGUAAGUGUUAUGGCUGAUCUUCACAUGGCAGAAACAGAAAAAAAGACUGAAUGUCUGUGUCCAGAUUUUGUAGCGGACAUUUAACUGUUGUUUCACUGCCAGCAGGCAGCAACUCUGGGGCAGUUACCAAGUGUAAUAAUCAAAACAACCACAAUACUUUGCUCAAGUCACCAUUGUCCAGGAAAUAAAUCAGGCAUCCACAACCAAAAAUAGCUCCUACACAAAUACACCAAUCAGCAGAGGGAGAGUUUCCUCAUCACUUUGCAUAAACAGGUGGUCAUUUUGUUCCCUGAUUAACAUCCCCAACAGUGUGUAGCCCAUGCUGGGUGCUUAACCUUUUACAACCAAAGUCAGUUUAGCACAUUUAUAACCCAACACCAAGGCCACACCUGUUCCUGUGGUGUAAAUUAAUUCCACAAAUAUGUCACUGGACAUAUGAAAUUGCUGGUAUGCAUUUUAUGAUACCAAAAGACCAACUUUGUCUCUCGUAAAAACAUUGUAGAAUUAGCAGAGAAUAAUGAUUGAAACUUGUGACCAGGUGCCUUUCAGUCACAGCUGAUAUAGCAUUUUUUUAAAUGGUGACAGUGAUAUUGCUUUUAUAUUCUACAUGAUUUAUUGACCAUGCAGAUAUUUAUAUAUUAUUGUUUGCAUAAUACACAUUCAGUGACUUAUGUCUAUUCUCAGCCUCACUGAACCAAAUGAUAUUAAUGAAUCAAAAUCUGACAGAGGUUAGCUGCCAUGAACCUUUUCUGUACCAUAUAAAUGUAAUUCAGAUAGAGGAUUGUAUCUACCAAAAAAUUAUACUCUGACCUUUAUCGGCUGCUUUUACCAUCAAUCAUUUUGGAGAGCUCUUAUUGAUCCAUCAAUAUUUUAAACAUUUAUAUGAUUUUUAGGAUUUAAAAACUAACUGGAAACCCCUGUGUAAUACCACUAAAACUUUUUUGUUGCCUAAUUAUUGAAAGUCAAGUGUUUCUUGCAAUAAGGUUUGCGUCAAGGACACAGAACUGUAGGAUCUAACACAAUACUAGAUAUGUUUAUGUCAUGUUGUUUCUGCUCAGACAUUGCUGUGUUUCUGCCUUUAUGUUGCCUCCUUUAAUGAUAAACUACCAACAAAUAGAGAAUCAUUAAAAUCAGAUUAUCUGUUUACUGGCAAAUUCAGCACAGCUCACCAGCUUUAUGAUUAAGCAAUUCUUCUAAAGCUUUUACUACAGAACCCCUCCAAAAACAAACAUGUAAAUAUGUAUGGAUGGCUAUGAAAAUCAUAGCAAUCAAAAAAAUGCCUUCUACAAAAAAGAAAAAAAAAAAGAAAAAUUGUUUGACAGGAGAGUAAGAUGCUACCUUCUGUGACUUUUACUGCUUUGGUGUUAACACUUGUGUUUUCCUUGUUUCUUUUUUUUAAUUUCCAAACACUGAAGCAGUUUCCUGCAACACCCCUGAGACAGUUAAACUGGUCUAAUGCAUUUGUUUGAAAACAAAUGUGAAACAUCAAAUGCAGUCUCUGGAGCGUUUUAGGUAACUGUGAUUCAGUUCCCCACUUGCUGCUAUUAAUGCCUCAUUGCAAAAACCUGAGACAAAAUGAAAUGUUUGCUUUUAUUUAUUAUGUAACUUAUUUGUGCAAAAGACAUAACUUUUGUCCAAAAUGUAUCUAAAAAGC